AAAGUUGGUCUCUCUUGUCGCAGCAGAUGCAUUGUGGGUAACCUGCCAUUUUAACCCAAUAUAGGACUCCAUUCUGUUGUGGGAACAACGCAAUAAAUAAGGACACGAGACCAGUUUCACAUUUAAACAUUAGCUGUUGUAUCAAAGGUAAUUUGUAGGAGCCAUGGCCCGUACCAAGCAGACAGCCCGUAAAUCUACUGGAGGCAAAGCCCCACGUAAGCAGCUGGCCACCAAAGCUGCCCGCAAGAGUGCCCCUUCUACUGGUGGGGUCAAGAAGCCCCAUCGCUACAGGCCUGGUACUGUGGCCCUGCGUGAGAUCCGUAGGUACCAGAAGUCCACUGAGCUGCUGAUCCGCAAGCUGCCCUUCCAGCGCCUGGUGAGAGAAAUCGCUCAGGACUUCAAGACUGACCUGCGUUUCCAGAGUGCAGCCAUUGGAGCCCUGCAGGAGGCCAGCGAGGCUUACCUGGUUGGUCUGUUUGAGGACACCAACCUGUGCGCCAUCCACGCCAAGCGUGUCACCAUCAUGCCCAAAGACAUCCAGCUGGCCCGUCGUAUCCGUGGGGAACGUGCUUAGACGCCUCCCUUUUAUUUUUUUAUACCUCAGUCUGUCUUUUCCUCCCUUCCCACUUAUCCUUAUAAGGAGCUUGAUUUGAGUAAUGUGACACGUAAACUGUGUAGUCUUGUCCCCCUUAGUUCUCUUAGCAGCAGACUUUUAGGGUACUUUGUAUCUGUUUUGAAGCUGAUCUGAGUCACACCUUUGUGUAUGCAACUCUGCACAGCAAAGGGUGCAUGCAUGAAGCAUCUUGGGCAAGCAUUUCCCCCUCCUACUAUUACAUUAUGACAGGGUUGGUUUUCUAAUUGAUAAACAUGUGGUGUUUUUACAUGUACCCUUAAUUAUCAUUUUUUUUACAACUAGUGUUUCUACUGUUUACAUGAUACAUUUACAAAUGGUUAAUUGUGUUCUGAAAUUGAUCAAUAAAAAUUACUUUGCAUGAUUCAAAAUAUUGCAUAGGCCUGUAGCACAAUGUUUAUGUAUUUCUCUCAUGUUUUUAUCCAGGUAAUAUUUUAGUUCCUUUCUCAGGUUGUGAUGCCCUUUUCACACUGAUUUCGUUUUAUUUUUUUACAUUUUUAAGCAGACAUUUGUAAAAAUCCAGAAUUCUCAUACAAAGGUGAUAAACUACUGUUCCACAA